ACACUGUAUGGUUUUGAGUGGAGAAAUGCCAGGAUCCCUUUGGCUGUUGUGUGGAGAUUAGAUUACUGGGGGUCAGGGAGUAUGGCAGAGAGACCUGGUUGAUCAGGUGAGGGAUGGAGGUUGCUGUGGGGAUGAUGAGGUGUUGGACACUAGGUAUAGUUUGAAUGUACAGCCAACAAAAUCUGAUUGGGUAGAGGAUGUGACAGAGGUAUGAGGAUGGCUCUUGAGCUUUGGGCCUGAGUAAAUGAAGUGCAGUUGCCAUUAAUUCAGAUGAGAAAGACAGCUGGAUGGAGUAGGUUUGAAAUUGGGGAAAGAACUUAUUUGUGGACCUAUUACGUUUGCAUGUAGUAGCAAUAUAAAUUUUGUUUUCAGAACAUUUCUAAGUUACUCAGUCGGUUAAGCGUCUGGCUCUUGGUCUCCACUCAGGUCAUGAUAUCACAGUUCAUGGGAUGCAGCCCCACAUCAGAGUCUCUACUGACAGCCUGCUUGGGAUUCUCUCUCUCCCUCUCUCUCUCUGCCCCACCCCUGCUUGCUCUCUACCUCUCAAAAUAAAGAAAAUUUAAAACACUGUUAAAAAAAGAGAAUGUUUCUAAUAGUAUGAUGACAUCUUUCCCAAUAAAUCAUUUCAAGACUCCUGACCCAGCAAUUAUUACAUUCCCAGUACUGAAAAUAUGCAAAUUUAUUACAGCUGGGAAUCUGCAGAAAUCACAGGAAUAGAAACUAAGCCAGAAGACUGGAGCCUAGGUUCCAGUUUUCAAAAAGGGGGAAAAACCCGAGGCUGCAAAUCUAUCCACGGUCCUGGCAAUAUUCUAGAAUAUGUCACUAAAUGGAUGGUGUAUGAACUCCAAAAAUUAGCUAAAGCUCCUCUUGGACUCAGCUUAGAGUCAAACAAGUCAGACUUUUCUUUCAUGUGUCUUCUUUCCUUCUCAUAAAGAACCCUUCACUUCUGAUACUUCUGACACCAAAUGAGUGGGUUUCCCCCUCCCCACCCCCACCAAGCAAUCUUCUGUGAUACCAGCUGGCUACAUCAGAUCCCACAGGUUAAAGGAUCAGUCCCAUGAGACUGACCACACUGUAGAUACUAAUCACAAGUAGCAGGUCCCCAAGUUUCCCACAACUUCUGUCUUAGCUACAAAUCGGAGGUUCCCAGGAUCUCUUCCCCUUGGAUUCAAUUACUUGCUAGAGCAGCUUACAAAACUAAGGAAAACACUUAUUUACAUUCACCAAUAUAAUGAAGGAUGCAGAUGAACAUCCAGAUGAAGAGAUAUAUGGGGUGGGGUGUGGGAGGGUGCCAAUUACAGGAGCUUCUGUCCAGUGGAGUUGGGGUGCAUCAGUCUCCCAGUACAUGGAUGUGUUUUCCAACCUGGAAGCUCUUGGAACCUGACUAUUGGGAGUUCUAUGGAAGUUUCAUCACUUACACAUGAUCAGUCAUGAACCCCAUUUUCAGCCCUUUUUCCAUCUCCACAGAAUCAUGUCUUGUCCCUCUAGUAACCAACCCUCAUCUAGGAGCUGUCUAGGAGCCCACCCAGAGUGGCUUCUUUUGAACAAAGGACUUUCCCAUCACCCAGGAAAUUUCAAGUUUCACAAGCCCUGUGUCAGGACCACGGUCAGUGGGCCAAAUAUUAGAACAAUAGAUGCUUCUAGUGCUCUUACCACUUAGGAAAUUCCAAGGGUUUUAGGAACUUUGAGCCAGGAAUGAAAUAAAGACCAAAUAUAUAUUCCUUCUUAUAAAACAUAGCAUCUCAUAAGAUAUGCCAGAAGACUGAAGCUUAGGUUAGUGUUUUCAAAAAUGAGGGGAAAACAGCCUGCCAAUUCGUUCAUAGUCCUGGCAAGAUUCUAGAACAUGUCAUUAAGGGGAUGACAUAUGAACUCCAAAAAUUACUCUUGGAUUUAAGUUGAACUCAAGAGCAAGUCAGGUCAAUAUAUUUAGAAAAGAAGCUACCAGGGCAAUUUUGGAACUUGGCAGUCCAUCGCAGGAGUGGAAAUGUUUCUUCGGAGAGAGGUCUCCGGUGGAACGUGAUAGCGGCAGUACUGGGUAGUGUUACAGCCUGGGAGUCCAGUCUCUACCACAUCCUAAGUCGUGCAACCUCAGGCUGACCUGUCUGCUGUGCAAGGGGUGGUAAACCAUAUAAAGUGCUUCGCACACUGUGCGUGGAGGGUGUAGUGAAGUCGCGGGGCACUCAUUUUAGAGUAUUCUUACCCUUUUCUUUCCCUUGACGCAAUGAAAGGUCCUACCUAGGCGAGAGAAGUAGCGAGGAUAAGUAAGCGAUGAACAAAAUAAAACUUCUUUGGUACUGCCACAGAGCUGUCAGCACUGGAACGGUUAAUACUGGCUUCAGUGCUUCCUCAAUUGUUUCUCACCGGGAGGACGGACGACCGGAGAGGGGCGCUGCCUUGGCCUUUGCCAGCACAUAGGUCAAGCAGGCUGUUGCUAGGCGACCUCAGGAGGGCACCAGGGCCAAGCUGCCCCACCCCCUUCCUGCCCAAGUCCUACCCGCCAGGCCCACCGGCUUCUACUCUCGCGACAGGCCGAGGCGUCGUGACGCAUGCGCUCUUCUUACCACAAGGCUCGAAGUGAUGCGCGCCCCAUCCCUUCGCCGGACUCUCUGCCCCGCCCCUUCUUGCAGGGCAGCUACUUUGGCCCCCAUCUCUGUUCUCUUCCGGACUCGGUCCUGCUCACACCUCGUCUCCAGUCCUAUUCGCAGUGACUGCAGAACAGCUUCAAACCCUGCAGACCAACAUCCCGCGCUCCCGUGGUGGCGGUGGUUAACACUGAAAUCAGCCUUCUGGCCAUGCUGGUUCUAUGGCCUGUUUCUUCUCAUGAACCCCAGCAGAAGACAGAAAGGCCAGUCCUCACAGUGGAUGACUUCCCUUCCCUGAGCAAGAGAUGGGAUAGAACCUGGGAUCUGCCCAACACCAGACUCUGAGCUUAAUAAGCCAGCUGAAUGAAGGAAUGUAACAGACCCCUGGGAGGGACACUGAACCCUGCAUUGGGGGGGGAGGGGCCUGGACAUACCCCUUCCCCCCCAGACUCCUCCCCCUCAGAGUCCACUCAGCCAUGGACUUUGGACCUGGAUAACAGGAGAGAAGCUGCACUUUGUUUGGUGUAUCUGAUUUGGGAUUUGAAGUUUUUGAAAUGGAGUACUGGAAGGGGGUUUGAUGAUCUCCAGGGGAGCAGCUGAGAGAAGAGAAGAAAGGUGCAUGGCUGCUUCCUAAUCCUGAGGUCCAGAGAAAGCAUCCCUAGAGCUGUGGAAGUGAACUAGGCAAGCCAAGGGCAGCCUUGAGCCCCACCCUUGCCUGCCACCCCCUCGGGGGCCAGGAUGCUGAAGAAGCAGUCUGCAGGGCUUGUGCUGUGGGGCGCCAUCCUCUUUGUGGCCUGGAAUGCCCUGCUGCUGCUUUUCUUCUGGACACGCCCAGCGCCUGGCAGGCUGCCCUCUGACAGUUCUCUGGAUGAUGAUCCCGCCAGCCUCACCCGCGAGGUGAUCCGCCUGGCCGAGGACGCGCAGGUGGAGUUGGAAAGGCAGAGGGGGCUGCUGCAGCAGAUCAGGGAGCAUCAUGCUCGGUGGAGCCAGAGGUGGAGGGUGCCCACUGCUGCCCCACCCAUCCCACCGCAUGUGCCUGUGUCCUCACCACCAGCUGUGAUCCCCAUCUUGGUCAUUGCCUGUGACCGCAGCACUGUCCGGCGCUGCCUGGACAAGCUGCUGCACUACCGGCCCUCGGCUGAGCACUUCCCCAUAAUCGUCAGCCAGGACUGCGGGCACGAGGAGACAGCCCAGGUCAUCACCUCCUAUGGCAGUGCUGUCACGCAUAUCCGGCAGCCGGACCUGAGCAACAUUGCGGUGCCCCCAGACCACCGCAAGUUCCAGGGCUACUAUAAGAUUGCACGGCACUACCGCUGGGCACUGGGCCAGGUCUUCCAUAGGUUCAAGUUCUCAGCAGCUGUGGUGGUGGAGGAUGACCUGGAGGUGGCGCCAGACUUCUUCGAGUACUUCCAGGCCACCUACCCGCUGCUGAAGGCCGACCCCUCCCUUUGGUGUGUGUCUGCCUGGAAUGACAAUGGCAAGGAGCAGAUGGUGGACUCCAGCAAGCCAGAGCUGCUCUACCGCACAGACUUCUUUCCUGGCCUGGGCUGGCUGCUGUUGGCUGAGCUCUGGGCUGAGCUGGAGCCCAAGUGGCCCAGGGCCUUCUGGGAUGACUGGAUGCGCAGGCCUGAGCAGCGGCAGGGCCGGGCCUGUGUGCGACCUGAGAUCUCCAGAACGAUGACCUUUGGCCGCAAGGGUGUAAGCCACGGGCAGUUCUUUGACCAGCACCUCAAGUUCAUCAAGCUGAACCAGCACUUCGUGCCCUUCACCCAGCUGGAUCUCUCAUAUCUGCGACAGGAGACCUAUGACCGAGAUUUCCUUGCCCGUGUCUAUGGGGCUCCCCUGCUGCAGGUGGAGAAAGUGAGGACCAGUGAGCAGAACGAGCUGGGGGAGGUGCGGGUGCAGUACACAGGCAGGGACAGCUUCAAGGCCUUUGCCAAAGCCCUGGGCGUCAUGGAUGACCUCAAGUCUGGUGUUCCCAGGGCCGGCUACCGGGGCAUUGUCAGCUUCCUAUUCCGGGGCCGCCGUGUCCACCUGGCUCCCCCACAGACCUGGGAUGGCUAUGAUCCUAGCUGGAAUUAGCGGUGCCUGUCUGUUCCUCCUGGGCUCCUUCCUUGCCAUAUCAUGGGAUGAGAUGGGACCGUGUCCUUGGGCUGCAUCGCCCUCUCUGUGUGUCUCUUGGGUACAUUUAUCUUUUUUUUUUUCUUUUUUUCUUCUUUUUUCGAGUGGCAUUCAGAAGCACAGAGGAUAAGGUGAGGGUUAUUCUCCCAUUCUCAAGGCGGGGGGGUGGGUCACAUCAGGGGAAACUUCCUGGGAUAUGUUGAGCAGUAUUAAGCAAGAAACCACUGUGUGGUAGGGGAGAGACUUGGGCAUGUUGGAGCCAUAGACUUCCAUGUUCCAGGUUUUCUCCUAGAGCAUCUGCGGAGAGGUGAGCAACUUUAGUUCUCUUGACCAGCUCUCUUUCCCCUGUCCCGGCUCUUCCAGCCAGGGUGUGAGCUCACCUCCUAUACCUGCUCCCCACCCCUACCUUCCCCCAAUUUGAAGGGUUGCUGGGUUAUUUGAAAAGGGGACUUAUCUGUGGCCAAAAUGAAACUAACCAAAGGGGUUUCAUCAUCAGAGUCUGGGUGGAGCUGUUAGGCUUUCAGGGUUUACUGCCACCUACUCUUAUUUCUCUUCUACUCUUCUCCUUAUCCCUGACCUCCUUUCUGCUCUUCUUUCCUUGCAGCUUAACAAUUUGUGAUUCUAAGAUGAGAAGUUGAAGGGGGAAAGCAAGACGUCUCCUCAGUUUGUCUGCAGAAGUUGGGGGAAAGGUGGUAGGGGGAAAGCCUUGGUGUGCUGGGACAUACCUCCCUCAUCCUGCCUCAAAGAAACAGACUCUGUUCCUGGAUCCUGACCUUUCUAAAAAUUGAUCCCUUCCCUUUUGCUCUAGGAGGUUUCAUGCUGGCUUUGUGGAAGAGAGAUUAGCUUCUUGUGUCCCUUUUCCCCUGGGGUUUGGUGCACAGGCUCCUCCCUAAAGGUUGUGGUUUCUGGUGGCCUUCCCAGGGUGAGGUAGAACAGCCAAGACAGGAUGGCUCCUGCCUCCCUCCGCUGUCUCCGGGGCAUAUCCUUAUCUGCUCAGAUUAGGAUGAGGAUGGCAAGUUGGAGAGCAAUGUGUGUGUUUUUGCUUCUGGCCUGACCUCGGUUCACGGAAGAAAGUUGAAGCUACAGAAUUAUUUUCAAAAAUAAAGGCUAAAUUGUCCGAAAAA